GACAGUUAUGGCAGAAGAUAAUAAGAUCAAAGCUGAAGAAAUCAAAAAUGAAGCCAACCAACUGUUCAAAGAAAAGCGAUUCAUUGAAGCCAUUGAAAGAUACACAGCUGCCAUCGACUUGAAUCCUGUAUCUACUUAUUAUUCCAACCGUGCUUUCUGUCACCUAAAACUUGAAUCUUAUGGAUAUGCUAUUACUGAUGCCGAAGCUGCUUUGGAAUUAGAUCCUACUUUGACAAAGGCUAAUUACCGUAGAGCAAGUGCGAACAUGGCCUUGGGAAGAUUCAAAGAAGCAUUGAAAGAUUUCAAAAUGGUUUGCAAACGUGUACCUGGUGAUAAAGACGCAAGAGACAAGUUAAAUGAAUGUGCCAAGAUUGUCAAACGUAUCGAAUUCGAAAAGGCCAUUGAAGCUGACAAUAAUAUCCCUAGUGUGGCCGAUUCUUUAGAUACUACCACAAUGAAUGUUGAAGAUUCUUAUGAUGGACCUCGAAUUAACGAAGAAGAACCAACGAAAUCGAUAUUCAAGAAUCAAAAGAAACUUCACAAGAAAUAUGCUUUCAUGAUUCUGUUGGCUGUACGACAAAUGAUGAUGCAGGCUCCAUCUUUGAUAGACAUUUCUGUACCAAAUGACGGUAAACUGACUGUGUGUGGUGACGUUCAUGGACAAUUCUAUGAUUUUAUCAAUAUUUUCAACAUCAAUGGUUAUCCCUCUGAAAGUCAUGCUUAUUUAUUCAAUGGUGAUUUCGUGGAUCGUGGUAGCUUUUCUCUGGAAGUUGUGCUAACAUUAUUUGCCUACAAGUGUGUUUAUCCUGAUCGACUCUUUUUGGCUCGUGGUAAUCAUGAAACUGAUAAUAUGAACAAGGUAUAUGGAUUUGAAGGGGAAGUCAAAGCCAAAUAUAGUGAAAUGAUGUUCAAGUUAUUCUCUGAAACUUUCAAUGCUUUACCAUUGGCUCAUGUCAUUCAACACAAAAUUUUGGUGGUUCAUGGUGGUUUAUUCUCUCGAGAUGAUGUUACUUUGGAUGAUAUUCGAAAGAUUGAUCGACUGUCAUUAAGACAACCACCCAAUGAAGGUCUCAUGUGUGAAUUAUUAUGGUCUGAUCCUCAACCUGAACUCGGUAGAGGAGCAAGCAAACGUGGUGUAGGUGUUCAAUUUGGUCCUGAUGUCACUAAAAACUUCUUGGAAAGAAACAAACUUGAUAUGUUGAUUCGAAGUCAUGAAGUGAAAGAAAAUGGUUAUGUGAUAGAACAUGAAGGGAAAUGUGUUACGGUGUUUUCUGCUCCUAAUUAUUGUGAUUCUGUGGGUAAUAAAGGUGCUUUAAUCAACAUUACUCCUGAUAUGAAACUCGAAUACAAGACAUUUGAAGCUGUGCCUCAUCCUCAAGUUCGACCAAUGCAAUAUGCUAGUCAAUUCAGCGGACUCCUUGGAAUGUGAAAGGAACAGCAACAACUACAAAACCAUCAACUUGGAAACAUAGGAAUCCUGUAUAUCAUUGCAAUUCAUCAUCUUACAUCUUCCCUUCAUCCUAGUUUUUAUUCUUUUUUCCCUUAUUCUAUUAUAUUCCAUUAUUUUAUAUUAUCCCUUGUUACUUAUUUUUUUUUUUUUGGCGUUUUGAUUAUUAGGCAUUAUCUAUAGUUCUCUUUGUUUUUUUUUCUACUUCUUAUACACUGUAUACAAUAAAAGAAAAUGCAUUUAUUUAUUAGAAUA